UUUCUAUUUUAUGGUUUUGGUUUGUGUCAAUUUACAUUGUGGGUUGUAACCAAAGUAAAGGACAAUCGAAUGUGGCUAUUUGAUGUAAUGUUUGUUUCUCUUAGCAUAUUGGCUUGGGAAGCUUUUUGUUUGUUUUCUCUUUUUCCUAUUCUGUUAGCGUGGUUCUUGUGAAGAACGUGCAUUUGGAUUUUUCUGACAACAAUAUGGCGUUGAAUUUACUGCUCUGAGAUCAAUUUUUGCUUGCUGCGCUAAGAAGUUUGAUCCUUGUUCUUCUCACCACCUCCCUUGGGUGAUCUGUCUUGUUUCUUCUUGUUGGAGUUUGCAGUUUCUUGUCUUUUUCCAUGUCCUGUGUGAAGAAGGGAUACAUGAAAGACGACUACAUUCAUUUAUUUGUCAGAAGACCAGUGAGGAGAUCUCCAAUUAUUAAUCGUGGUUACUUUGCUCGUUGGGCUGCUUUUCGGAAACUUCUCUAUCAGUUUCUUGAUGCUGAGAACGAGACAGAUAAAGACAAUCCAGUAAAGAAGCAGAUAUUAUCACUUGGAGCAGGCUUUGACACAACAUAUUUUCAGUUGCAGGAUGAGGGGAAGGCACCGCAUCUAUAUGUGGAAGUUGAUUUUAAGGAGGUAACUUGUAAGAAGGCUGCUCUUAUUCAGACUUGCGGUCAAUUAAAGGACAAAGUUGGAGCAACAACAGUUAUAUCCGCGGAGAAAGGAGAAGUGUUGAGUGAUCACUACAAACUUCUCCCUGUUGACUUGCGUGACAUAGAAAAAUUGAAUGAUAUUAUAACUCUAGCUGAUAUGGAUCCAAGUCUGCCAACUUUUAUAAUUGCAGAAUGUGUUCUGAUAUACUUAGAUCCAGAUUCAACUCGUUCAAUUGUUGGUUGGGCUUCCCAAACAUUUAAGACUGGAGUAUUUUUCCUUUAUGAGCAGAUCCACCCUGAUGAUGCUUUUGGGCAGCAAAUGAUUAGAAAUUUGGAGAGUCGAGGAUGUGCACUCUUGGGUAUAUAUGCUACCCCAAACUUGCUUGCAAAGGAAAAAUUGUUUCUGGACCAAGGAUGGCAGAGAGCUGUUGCAUGGGAUAUGCUUAGAGUAUAUAGUGACUUUAUUGAUGCUCAUGAAAGGCGCAGGAUUGAACGGCUGGAACUAUUUGACGAAUUUGAAGAGUGGCAUAUGAUGCAGGAGCAUUACUGUGUGGCUUAUGCAAUCAAUGACGCCAUGGGUCUUUUUGGGGAUUUCGGUUUUCCUAAUGACAGUAAUGUUGUUAAUUCCUGAUAAAGCACCAAAGCAUGCUCCAACGCAUAGAAUACCUUAAUUCUCGGGCCAUGUGGUUGUGUUCUGACCUUCAGCAUGGUCUGAUGACAGUCAAGGUUGUAGGAUGGGGUCAGUUAAAAGGAUGUCUCUGAGCUACUAGUUAUCAUCACAACAUACAGGCAAAGGAU